AUGGCGACCGACGCUCCCAAUGGGGACAACAGUAACCUCAAACCUCCCACCGCUACUGCAAACUCCGUCUCCAGUGCAGAGGCAGUGGAAGGAGAGAAGACAGCUCCUCACACCGCUAGCAUUGAUCUCGAGCGCGUGGGUGAGACUCAAGGCUAUGUCCUCGAUGAAACUCAACUCCGAGAGAAACUCGGCCUCGCCCCAGAUGUAAUCUUAAGGAAGUCUAAGAAAGGUGUCGUCUUGAUCCCUCAGCCAACCGAAAGUCCCGAAGACCCGUACAACUGGGGUCCAGUGAAGAAGACGCUCAUCUUGCUUGUUCUCGCCGUGAAUGCUUGCACUGCAGAUUACUCUGCUGCCACAGGUGCCAGUGCGCUGAUCCCUCAAUCUAUAGAAUGGGGAAUCACCCCUGAUGAAGUCAACCAUGCCACCGCUGGCUGUCUAUCUGCAGGAACUGCAGCCUGGUCGGCAGCAGCCAAGAGCUUUGAGUCAUACAUGGCAUCCAGAAUCUUGAAUGGAAUGUUCUGCGUUGCGGGCGCGGCAAGUGGACUCUCUUGGAUUAACGAUGUUUUCUUUUUCCACCAACGUCCUCGGAAAAUCAACAUUUGGUCAACUGCAAUCAUCCUCUCGCCAUUCCUCGGUCCCCAGUUUAUGGCUGCCAUCAUUAGUGUAGACUCCUGGAGGACCGGUAUGUGGUUGAAUUUCGGGAUCAUUUCCUUCGGAGUUGCUUUGAUCAUCCUCUUCGGGGACGAGACAUUCUAUCCACGUCAUCUACCAAAGGAACAGAUCCCACCCCGCAAGAAUCGUUUGCUCAGAGUUGUGGGUGUCGAGCAAGCCCGAACCCACUAUACCACAAACGGCUUUUUGGAGGCCGGAAGCCGCCUGGCAUACACCAUCUUCAAACUACCAGUGUUCUUGAUCUGCUUUUUCUAUUUCUUCGACUUCCCGUGGACCAUCGCCAACAACACCACCAUCUCUGUCCUGAUCGUUCCGGCAUACAACUUCACCUUCCGCAACCUGGCAGCUAUUUACACGGCACCAGUUGUUGGCGCAGUCCUUGGACUUGUGGUGGGACAUUUCCUGUUCGAUUGGAUUGGAAAACUGUAUGCUAGACGCCAUGGCGGGCGUCUUGAACCCGAAAACCGUUUGAUCAUCUUGUAUCUGAUCUUACCGCUGAAAAUCAUCGGAUAUAAUCUGAUCGGCGUGACGCUUCACAAUGCUCGGACCUGGUCCUACUGGGUUCUUGCAGUGGGCUGGGCGAUGCACAACUUCGCAACCAUUGUGACUACAACAGCUGUCGGCGCUUAUCUCCUCGAUUCGUAUCCAGAGGCUGGCGGUGAGUGUGCAGCAUGGAUCAACUUUUCACGUACACUUGGCGGCUUUAUCGUCGGAUACAUCCAACUCAACUGGGCAGCCAAAGCAGGUACUCAGACAGAGUACGGAAUCCAAACCGGAAUCAUGGGUGGAGCUUUUCUCAUUGUCAUCUUCCUCCAAUUCUUCGGCGCAAAGUUGAGACAUGCUCAGGGACCGUUGAACUUCAGAACGAACUAG